UAUACAAUUAUGGACCAACAGUGUUUAGAAGCAAUUGCUACACAGAUAUCACAAUUCUCUGAAAUACCUGUAGAUCAGGUGAUUCAAUGCAUUGAGGUACCAAAGAAUAGGGACCUGGCAGAUCUCGCACUGCCAGUGCCCCGUAUGAACAAGUUCAAGAAGCUGGCAGGCAACCCUGCUCAGCUGGCCGCUGACUAUGCCGCCAAGUUUGUCGUCGGCAACAUCAUCCACGAGGUCACCGUCGCCGGCACCUACAUCAACUUCAAGGUCAACCGUGUGAUGCAGACACAGUCCAUUCUGAAACAGGUGUUGUCCCUUGGCGACAAGUACGGCUCGACCACUCAGGGCGCCGGCAAGAAGGUCAUCAUCGAGUUCUCCUCGCCCAACAUUGCCAAGCCCUUCCACGCCGGUCAUCUCCGUUCGACAAUCAUUGGAAACUUCAUUGUCAACAUCCACAAGACGCUCGGCUACGACGUCACCUCGAUCAACUACCUCGGAGACUGGGGCAAGCAGUAUGGUCUGCUGGCCAUCGGCUUUGAGCGUUUCGGAACAGAGGAGGAGCUGCAGAAGGACCCAAUCAAGCAUCUGUUCGAUGUCUACGUCAAGAUCAACGCCGAGGCAGAGUCUGACCCAACCAUCCACGACGCCGCUCGUGCCUACUUCAAGCGCAUGGAGGAGGGAGACAAGGCUGCACUCGCCGUCUGGUCUCGUUUCCGUGACUUCUCCAUCGAGAAGUACAAGACCAUCUACGAUCGUCUCAACGUUCACUUUGACGUCUACUCUGGCGAGAGUCAGAUGUGCGAUGGCAUGGUCACCGCCUACCAAAAGCUCGAAAGCAUGGGACUCGUUCAAGACUCCCAAGGUGCCAAGAUUAUCGAUCUAUCUACUGGAAAGCCAGACCUUGGAAAGGUGUUAGUAAAGAAGACUGAUGGAUCAACUCUUUACAUCACUCGUGAUAUCGCCGCUGCAUGUGGACGUAAGGAGCAGUACAAUUUUGAGAAGAUGGUCUACGUCGUUGCCUCGCAGCAGGAGCUGCAUUUCCGUCAGCUGUUCAAGAUCCUCGACAAUAUGAAGCUCGAGUGGGUCAAGGACCUCACGCACAUUGGUUUCGGCAUGGUCAAGGGCAUGUCCACACGUAAGGGAACCGUCGUGUUCUUGGAGCAGAUCCUGGAAGAGUCAAAGUCAAUCAUGUUGGAGACGAUGAAGAACAACGAGGCAAAGUUUGCCGAGAUCGAGAACCCCGAGGAGGUCGCCGACAUCAUUGCCGUGUCGGCCGUCAUCAUGCAGGACUUCUCUGCCAAGCGUCACAAGGACUACGAGUUCAACUGGGACCGUAUGCUCAGCUUCGAGGGCGACACUGGCCCCUAUCUCCAGUAUGCCCACGCUCGUCUGUGCAGUAUCGAGCGUAAGACUGGCGUCACACUCAACCCAGAGGCCGACCUCACUCUCCUGGUCGAGCCAGAGGCCUACGCCCUGGCCUCGGUCAUCCAGCGUUAUCCCGAGGCUGUUCAGACUGCCUUCACCUACAACGAGCCAAACACCGUCGCCACCUACCUCUUUGAUCUGUGCCACGCCUUCUCGACGGCCCACAACGUUCUGUGGAUCAAGGAUCGCGAGCAGGCCCUCGCUGAGGCUCGUUUCUCCCUGUUCACCGCCGCCAAGCUGGUCCUGGCCAACGGAUUGCGUCUGCUUGGUCUCCGUCCACUCGAGCGUAUGUAA